AGCGCUCAUUCUUUUGAGCUAUGUACGCCAGACGAAGAGAAGGCUGUCAUUCGCAAGCUGGAUCUGAAAAUGGCAUUAUAUGUGGCAUUUCUGUAUAUGAUGUCUUUCCUCGACCGAAGCAAUCUUGGAAAUGCGAACGUUGCAGGCUUGUCCGCAGACUUGAAGUUAACGGAUGACCAGUUUCAAUGGCUCAUCACCGCCUUCUACAUCGCCUACAUUGCUUUCGAGUGGAUGACACUCUGCUACAAGUUCUUUCGCCCACACGUUUUCAUCAGCUGUUGCGUAGCGGCAUGGGGCAUAAUUGCAUCCCUACAAUCACUCGUGUCCAACUUUAAAUUUCUAAUUGUGCUGCGCAUAUUUCUUGGCAUCGGCGAAGCAGCAUUCACGGGCAUUCCAUUCUACCUCUCGUUCUUCUACAAGCGGGAGGAGCUGGCUUUCCGGACGGGCAUUUUCAUCGCAGCAGCGCCUCUAGCGACAUCUUUUGCCAGCGGCUUGGCUUGGAUCAUUGUCAAGUUUGGCGACUUGCUACCUAUAGCGAACUGGAGGCUCAUUUUCUUGGUCGAAGGCUUUCCUGCAUGCAUUGUGGCGGUCUGGACGUAUUACUGGCUUCCUGACUCGCCUGGUCAAGCACGCUGGCUCAAUUCUCGAGAACGGAAGAUUGCUAGGCUCCGCAAGCGUAAGGAGACUCGCAUUGAUGCAAGAGUGGGCGGACUGGCUACUCGACAUGAGCAAGUCUUCAGAUGGGUCAAACAGACCCUAAUCGACCCGAAAGCAUACGUCACUGCCAGCAUGUUCUUCUGCGUGAAUGUAGGCUUCGGCAGCGUUCCUAUCUUUCUGCCCGUAAUUUUGAAAGACGCAGGCUACAGUCGAGUGGCAGCGGAAGGUCUCUCUGCAAUUCCUAUGCUCACGGCGUUCGUCGUCGUCCUUCUCACAGCUUGGCUCUCGGAUCGGCAUCGAAACCGCAGCAUCCCGUUAAUUGCCCAUGCGCUGCUAGCUGCAAGUGGAUAUCUAUUUCUGGCCAUUGCUGGACCACACGUCCGACACCUCCUGCGCUACCUCGCCUUCUUCCCCAUCUGCGCGGGUCUAUUCUCAUGCGUGACUCUCAUCGUCACAUGGACCAUCAACAACCAACCCUCCGACGAAGCCAAGGGCACCGGCAUGGCUCUCAUGCAGUACAUCGGGCAAUGCGGACCUAUCCUUGGAACACGAGUAUUUCGAGAAAUCGACGCUCCAUAUUUUGUGAAAGGUAUGCUGGUGGGAGGAGGGGCAAUGUUCAUGGUCAGCGCACUGGCGUUGGUGUUGCGGAUCUACCUGAGCAGAGAGAAUAGGGAAAGGAGACGUAAAUGGCAUGCGAAAUUGGGGGAGAAUGUGGAUGGCGAGCAGGUUACGAAGGAUUUUUGCUUUAUUGUAUAG